CGCGUGCGUACGAAACUAGUCCGUUCUCGUUACCGCGACUGCAGUGAGGAAGAGAAUUUAUCGCCGGCGACACGUUUCGUCCGCGAUAUACGCUCGUCGUGGCGACCCGCAGUAUUCAACCGUAUGAGAUCGCUGAUCAGACGUUCACGCGACGGCUGCGGUGGACAACAAGCGCGACCACUGUCCCACGGACUCACACGCAGCCGUGUCGUCGUACUGGCACAACUACACUGCGCUGUCCAAAAACCGUAGCGCGCGCCAGCUCGUCGGCCGAGCGUAUAACGGCCGGUAAAAGUUUCGUCGUUACCAGUGGCCGCGGUUUGAAAUCAAACGAUCCGCGGGCAGGCACGUCCCCGAAAACGACGGCGCGGUACACCUGCUGAGACGCAAAAUCUGGCAACGGCGCAGCACACGCAUCGUUUGGGAACCGUAACAAAUGCGCGUGUAACACUCCGUUACAGCGUUGCCGCGGUUCGCUCCGGAACGUAUCCGUCCGAACGGCCGCCACCGUCCGCCGUUGGAUUCUAAUCAAUGAUGCGCGUUUUCCUUUCUCUCUUCCCCCCGAACAACAAUAAUAACAAUAAAUAAAUAAUAUAAUAAGUGAACACUUACUGUUGUCCACUUGUCCGGUGUUGACUCUGGUCGUCGAAUAUUUGCCGUGCGUGUGCGUGGUUUGUUACGUUUCACGCUCCCGUGCAAUGGAGGUGGACGAGUUUGAUUCGGGCCGCUCGUCGUCGACGAUUUCGUCGAUAAACAGCCUCUUUUCGUUUACCAGCCCGGCUGUUAAGAAACUGUUGGGCUGGAAGCAGGGCGACGAAGAGGAGAAAUGGGCCGAAAAAGCCGUCGAUGCGCUCGUCAAGAAAUUAAAGAAAACCAAAGGCGCUAUCGAGGAGUUGGAAAAAGCGCUCAGCUGUCCGGGACAGCCGAGCAAGUGCGUCACCAUACCCAGAAGUCUCGACGGACGACUGCAGGUGUCGCAUCGUAAGAGUUUACCACACGUCAUAUACUGCCGUGUAUGGCGAUGGCCAGAUCUCCAAACCCACCAUGAGCUUAAGCCACUUGACCAUUGUCAAUUUCCAUUCUCUACUCAAAACAAACAAAAAGAUGUUUGUAUUAAUCCUUAUCACUACAAACGUGUUGAAAGUCCUGUACUACCUCCUGUAUUGGUACCCAGACAAAGUCAACUACCCCCUAUGAUGUUCCGUCAAAUGCCGGAAAAUCUUCAGUAUAAUAAUUAUAAUCAAGGACCCAAUUCUCCAUCAUCAAGUCCUCCACCAAACAGUCCUUUUCAGGGCAGCACAAUGUCAGAAUUAGGAAGUUCUCCUGGGCCUGACGAAAAAGCUAUGAGUCCGGCAUCUGGAACUCAAGUCUUGUACCAGGAACAAGCUAGUUGGGCAAGCAUAGCAUAUUAUGAAUUAAAUAGUAGAGUUGGAGAACUUUUUCAUUGUCAAUCUCCUGUUGUAGUUGUAGAUGGUUUCACUAAUCCAAGUAAUAAUUUAAAUCGAUUUUGUCUGGGACAACUUUCCAAUGUUAAUCGAAAUCAAACAAUUGAAAACACAAGGCGACAUAUUGGAAGAGGCAUUCAAUUACAUUAUAUCGGAGGAGAAGUAUAUGCAGAAUGUUUAUCAGACUCCGCAGUGUUUGUACAGUCACGUAACUGCAAUCACCAUCAUAAUUUUCAUCCAUUAACUGUGUGUAAAAUACCAGCUGGAUGUUCUUUACGUAUUUUCAAUAAUCAACAAUUUGCAACAUUACUCACAGAAUCUGUAAAUUCUGGUUAUGAAGCGGUAUUUGAACUCACUAAAAUGUGCACAAUUAGGAUGUCAUUUGUGAAGGGCUGGGGUGCAGAGUAUCAUCGACAAGAUGUUACCAGCACACCUUGUUGGAUUGAAAUACAUUUAAAUGGACCAUUACAAUGGUUAGACAAAGUUUUGUGUGCCAUGGGAUCACCUCACAAUGCAAUAUCAUCUGUUUCAUAGGCCAGCAUGCUUAAUACACUUAUUUUUCUAGUAUCAAGGUGUCAUUUUUAUUUUUGUUUUAACUAAAUCGUCAUUAUGACUUAAACUCACAAAAGUUGUGCACAAAAUUAGUAAAAUAAUUUUGCUACAAAAUGCUAGGUAUUUUUAUAUUAAAUAAAACUUGUGAAAUUUAACUUUUUGUAAAUUUACUUUUAUUUUGCUGUACUAUAUGUUUGGUGCUCGCUAUUCUUUUUACUAUA